AUGGAUUGGCUAUUCACCAAUCGUAUUCUCAUUGAUUGCAAUGAGAAAAAGGUGUUAUUCCCUAACUUGGAAGAUGAAGAUCAAUUGGUGUCCUUACAGCAGGUGGAUAAGGCAAUCAAGGAAGGGUACCAGUGUUUCUUAAUUCUGACUCAACUAUCUGUUGAGAAGGGAGGCAGAAAUAUUGAGACACCUGUAGUAAAAGACUUGCCAGUUGUGUUUCUAGAAGAUGUGUCUGGCUUACCCCCUCCUAGGGAAAUAGAGUUCUCCAAUGAUCUUGUUCCGGGAGUAGGGCCAGUAUCAAUAGCACCUUACAGAAUGGCUCUUGCUGAGUUGGUAGAAUUGAAGAAACAGAUUGAAGAACUACUAGAGAAACAGUUCAUCAGACCAAGCAUGUCACCCUGGGAAGCGCAGUGUUGUUGGUCAAGAAGAAAGACGGCAGUUCUAGGCUCUAUGUGGACUACAGGGAGCUAA